AUGACGACAAGUGUCAAUUCAGUUGUUAGCGUUUUUCAAAACUUUUUUUCAAAUCAUGGGUCAAUUUUGCUUAAUGGAAUUCUUAUUGUUUCAACUAUUGGAGGGCAAUCCCUCAUUCGGAAAUUGACGUUCGCUUGUCCGUGUGCGUUCCCUCUGAACAUUUAUCACUCAAUCGUUUUUAUGUUCGGACCCACAAUAGCUUUGUUAUUGAUAGGAAUUAUGAUAAACACAACCACCUGGAAACUGGCUCAUGGUUGUUGCUUCCGAGUUCCUGAGACGAGGCAUUCAUGGAAAACCGUCUGCGUAUAUUGGGUUGAAUUGAUCGUCCAAUCACUGAUAGCUCCGACAGCUUGGUUGUUUGUUGUUUUGCUGGACGGAGGUUACUAUCGGUGUUUAUUAGCUCAUGGAUACUGUGAUAUCAACAAAUCUAAUUUUUGUAAAAACGAAACGAUUAUGGUGUAUUACAGAGACAGUUUGACUUUCGACUCUGUGAGUGGAAACGGAAAAUUUUGCCCAGAAUGUAUAUGUAAAUUAGACGGUCACGAUGGUUCAUUCUUGGAAGCAGAGUCUCAAAUUAUGGCUUGGUUUUUGGUGAUUUUUGUGGGCUUAUCUGCGCUUUGUAUUUUGUGCCUAACUCGGAUGUGUGACAAAUAUACUCUUGUUCAAAGAAACUAUGUCGAGCUUUAUAAAGAAGAGGAAAAAUUUAAAUUCGAUAGCGUAGCGAAGGAAUAUGCUUCUCAGCUAGCUGAACGAAACGCUCGAGCAUUCUUCAAUCAGACUGAUUGGAGUAAGAAAGAUUGGGAUUGGGUCUCAGGAGUAUCGGAAGUGAAUAACCCGAUGUUCGCUCGGUUAAGACUGAUAGCUUCAGAAAAAACAAAUACAACUUUCUAUACUCCACUACAGCUGUGGUCCAGCCAUAAGGGGUAUCGAAUAUUGAAACCUGAAGUAUUACAGUGUUCAGAUGACAUACCUACGGGAGUCGUUGUUGUUGAACCGCAGAAUAUUCAUAAAACAGAAUAG